AUGGCGGCAUGUCUUCAUCGUGGUUCGCCAGACUUACAACCACCAUCUGCCUCCCAAGCGGUGUAUCGAGAAGACUGCACGCAAUGCUUUGAUUCUAUCGACGACAAGUCUGGCCUUAACGUUUGCCUUUCAUGCUUCAACGGCGGCUGUGCUGGAUCAAAAGAUCAUGCACGUCUACACUUCGAGCGCUUCGGCCAUCCUUUGGCGCUUAAUAUAAGAAGAACCCGCAAGAAGAUUCAGCGUGAGGAGCCUCCACAAAAAAUAUCAAAGCUCGCGAUCAACGCAGAAACGGAUGAGGAUCGUUAUGACAUGACCACUCGUGUUGUCUGCUAUUCUUGCGGUCAAGAUGAUAUUGACGGGUCAGCUAGUAAACUUCGGUCGGUCAUUGAGGGCGUAAUGAACGCCACGACUUUUUCGAAAAGGGAGGAGAUAAAGGCAUGGGAGCAAGAGUUUGUUCCUUGCGAACAUACCACUGGCCUAAUUCAGCAGGAGCCCAAACGCAUCAAUUCACAGGAUCUUAGCCAGUGUUCGAUGUGUGACUUGAGACAGAACCUCUGGCUGUGUUUAGAAUGUGGUAACCUAGGCUGCGGUCGCAGUCAAUUUGGAGGUACUGGCGGUAAUUCACAUGGUCUAGCCCAUUUUGAUGCGACCUCCCAUGCUGUUGCCGUUAAACUGGGCUCAAUAACCGCGGAUGGCUCGGCAGAUAUAUACUGUUAUCGGUGCAACGAAGAAAGAGUCGAUCCUGAGCUUGCUACGCACCUCUCUCAUUGGGGGAUCAAUCUCGCGGGCCGCGAAAAGACGGAGAAAAGCCUCAUGGAAAUGCAGGUUGAACAAAAUCUUAAGUGGGAUUUCCUGAUGACAACAGGGGAUGGGCAUGAUCUAAGUCCGGUCUUCGGCGCGGGUCUCACGGGGCUGUCGAAUCUUGGAAACAGCUGCUACCUGUCCAGUGUUGUCCAGUGUCUUUUUGACUUGCCAGAAUUCCAACACAGAUACUAUCGUCCAGAUGAGAGUCCUCCCUUCGCUGAAACUCCAGCUGCUGAUUUUGAAACGCAGCUUCGGAAAUUGGCGGAUGGGACCCUUUCCGGACGUUACUCUCUGCCAGACGAUAAGACUCUGGCUUCCCCAGAACCACUAGAGGUCCACCAUCAAAAGGGCUUGGCACCAUCGAUGUUCAAGCACUUGAUCGGCCGGGAUCAUGCCGAAUUUUCGACUAUGAGGCAGCAAGACGCCUUUGAGUUUUUAUUACAUGUCUUUAAGCACGUCACGCUGUCUAGGCAUCCUGCCGGAAUGAAUAACCCCAUUGAGUCUUUCAGAUUUGGCUUGGAACAGCGGCUUCAAUGUUUGAGUUGCAAAGGCGUUCGCUACAAACUCGAUGAACAAGACAAUAUCUCCAUCCCUGUUCCCGUCCGCCGAGUUGCUCAUUCGGACGAUACUGCCUCUGAUGGUCCAUUCGAGACUGUGUCGCUUUCCGAAUGCCUAGACGCGUUUACUUCCCAGGAGAUUGUUGAUCUUCGUUGUAGCUCUUGUGACAGCCACGAGAAGUUCUCCAAGCGAUCCGCUUUUCGAACAAUGCCAGCGCAUCUGGUCAUCAAUGCUCGACGCUUCGAAUUGAUUAACUGGGUCCCGACUAAGCUAGAUAUUCCUGUCCAGGUUGAAGAUGCACCCAUGGAUCUGAGUCGUUAUCUUUCCGCGGGCCCAGUUGAGGGGGAAGCCUUGCUCCCAGAGGACGAACCGUCCGGCAGCGAAUUCAUCGCCAACACUGACCUUCUAGAUCAGCUGAUUGUGAUGGGUUUCCCACGGGCCAGAUGCGAGAAGGCUCUCUACUUCACAGGAAAUUCAGAUGUUGAGACCGCAAUGAACUGGCUAAUAUCUCACAUCGAUGACCAGGAUAUAGAUGAGCCCCUGACCAGGAAGCGGGCUGCAGAGUACAGGGCGGGUGAACCGGAUCUAGCCAAGGUGGCUCAACUAAAAGAUAUGGGCAUUGACGAUUCUCGUGCCAAGAAGGCAUUGACUGCCACCGGUGGUGAUAUUGAUCGAGCUAUUGACUGGGUUUUUAGUCAUCCCGACAAUACAGAUGAGAGCCCUAUCGACCAGCAAGCAAGUGGCGGUACCGAUGCGUCUGUGGUUCCGGGUUUUGAUACUGUCCCAGCAACUUACCAACUCCGAUCGAUCAUUUGCCAUAAAGGCGCCUCUGUACAUGCUGGGCACUAUGUGGCAUUUGUGCGAAAACAACUGCCAGGAAAGUCGGGAGUUUCGUGGGUGAUGUUUAAUGAUGAAAAGGUUGUGGAGGUGGAUGACGUACAAGAGAUGAAGAAAUUUGCCUAUCUAUACUUUUUCUCGAGGGUGUAA